ACUAAACAGGGAGUCAUGGAGCCUACUUUUAGUCACCAAAGCCAGUCAGUCAGCAGGAGGGUAAAUCAGGAUUUACCUGCGCUUAGGGUUAAGAGGAAGUCGAUUUAUCAUAAAAGUACACAGAAUGGGAAUGUUAAGAAGAGAGUAAGGGUCUCCCAGUUCGUAAAGGAUGCUCUCCAGAAAGCAAGGGUUGAUCUGAAAUAAUGAUGCUGAAAAUAUGCUUAUGAACAAAAGAAGCGGCUAUAAUCAUGGUUUUUAUCAUGAAAACAAUAAUUUCUGGGAUCAUAUUUCUAAUUAUGUUAUCGGCAAGAAGGAGAAUGGUUUAUUUCAUGAUAUUGUAAAAAGCCGUAAGGGAGAAAAGGAGAUUAAGAACCUCUUAAAAACUACGAACCUGAAAUAAUCACGAGAACUCUAAUAUUAUCAGAGCUUUGGUCUUACAAAAGCUCGUCUCACCCAAUAUGAAGAAAAAGUUAUUUAAAAGUGGAAACGAUAGGAGAUUAACAGCAGAAGCUAUAAACAGCCUGAUCCACAGGAAGUCCAAAAUUCAUAAUAUUACGAAAUCAGUGAAGAAAAAUGGGAUUUUAAAAGACAAAUUCAUUGAAAAUUCUAUGAAGAAGGUCCAACCAAUGUUCAUAGGGAGGAGAAAUACGGCACUAAUGAAGGCCCCUGCUUCAAGAAUUUACUCCCAAGAUCACUGAAACUCGCAUCAUUUUAGUGUAAAGUCUAAUGAAACAUUUCAAAGGGAUGGUUCAAAUUCUUCAAUGAGAGACAGUAUGGGAAAAGAGCAUCCCAAGAGAUUUCUAUCCCCUGCUGUAGUUAGGAACAAUGGGAAAAGCUUUUUCUCCACUCCAGGAGCAGCAGUUAAACCUAAAAGGACAAAUUUCAGCCCAUUUUCAGAUAGUAAAGCUAAUCAGUCAACGCUUUUGAGUGAUGAGCUGCCAAAUUUUAGGAAUGCCUCUAUUAAAGAAGGUGCUAAACAUAAUUUUAGUGUCAAUACUCCGAAGAAGAGUCAGGGUGGCAAUAAAGGUCCUUCUCGUCUAAAAGAAAGAAUACGAGCUGGUACUAGCAAAUUUAAAGCAAAAAAUGCUAAUAAUAAAAAGAAGAAGCAGUCAAGGAAGCAGCUGACUGAUGAUGUAGGGUUCUUGACUAACCUAGCAAGUAUUUCUAAUUAUCAAGACAUUUCAAAAAAGAAUGAAGAUCACACCUCAUCUGAUAGUGACGAUUACUUGGACGAGAAACUGGUCAGGCGGGUAAAUAUAGCAUACAGUUUCAAUAAAAUAUCAGCAGAUCUUCUAGAUAGAGUGUCACCAAAUGCAGCAAAAGUUAAUUCUCAAAAUGUUUCCAAAAGAGCUAUCCCAGCUCCUAGCUCAAUCCUACCGGAGCUAAAAGAGCUUGAUGGUUAUAACACGAGUGAGUCCUCUUCUUCUAUCUCCAAUACGAGUGGCAUUUCUCCUGAAAAUCAUAAAAAUGACCCACCUCCACUUAAGAAAGUCAAGCUUCCAAAAACUACUAAGCCAUGAAGCUUCUUCUUACACUCAAAGGGAAAGCAGGGCUUUCAGAAAAGGAAAAUUAAAAUUUAGAUUUUAUUGAUAAAUAUUCAUUGUAA